GUGCCAGCUCCACCUAGAACUGUGGCCACAGCAGGGAGAGGAGCAGACAGAUCCAGAAGCCUGGGAAGGAAGCAGGAUGGCAGCAGGGGCAGCGGUUGGAGCCUGGGUGCUGGUCCUCAGUCUAUGGGGGGCAGUAGUAAGCAGUCAAAACAUCACAGCCCGGAUUGGGGAGCCACUGGUGCUGAACUGCAAAGGGGCUCCCAAGAAACCACCCCAGCAGCUGGAAUGGAAACUGAACACAGGCCGGACAGAAGCAUGGAAGGUAUUGUCCCCUCAGGGAGGCCCCUGGGAUAGCGUGGCUCGUGUCCUCCCCAACGGCUCCCUCCUUCUUCCGGCUGUUGGGAUCCACGAUGAGGGGACUUUCCGGUGCCGGGCAAUGAGCAGGAAUGGAAAGGAGGCCAAGUCCAACUACCGAGUCCGAGUCUACCAGAUUCCUGGGAAGCCAGAAAUUAUAGAUCCUGCCUUUGAACUCGUGGCUGGUGUCCCCAAUAAGGUAGUGGUAAGCAGGAGAUAUCAAAAGUGGUCCUGCAAACAGAAGGGGAGCAUGGGUGUGGGGACAUGUGUGUCCGAGGGAGGCUAUCCUGCAGGGACUCUAAGCUGGCACUUGGAUGGGAAACCCCUGGUACCUGAUGGGAAAGGGGUGUCUGUGAAGGAAGAGACCAGGAGACACCCUGAGACAGGGCUCUUCACACUGCAGUCAGAGCUGAUGGUGACCCCAGCCAGGGGAGGAGCUCCCCACCCCACCUUCUCUUGUAGCUUCAGCCCAAGCUUCCCCCGGCGCCGGGCCUUGCACACAGCCCCGGUCCAGCCCAGUGUCUGGGAGCCUGUGCCUCUGGAGGACGUCCGAUUGGUGGUAGAGCCAGAAGGUGGAGCAGUGACUCCUGGUGGGACCGUAACCAUGACCUGCGAAUCUCCUGCCCAGCCUCCUCCUCAGAUCCACUGGAUGAAGGACGGCAUGCCCCUGCCUCUGCCCCCUAGCCCAGUGCUGAUCCUCCCUGAGGUGGGACCUCAAGACCAGGGAAUCUACAGUUGUGUGGCCACUCAUCCCAGUCACAGACCCCAGGAAAGCCCUGCUGUCAGCAUCAGCAUCAUCGAAACAGGAGAGGCGGGGCCAACAGCAGGCUCUGUGGGAGGGUCAGGGCUGGGAACUCUAGCCCUGGCCCUGGGGAUCUUGGGAGGCCUGGGGACAGUUGCCCUGAUCAUUGGGGUCAUCAUGUGGCGAAAGCGGCGACGUCCAGGAGAGGAGAGGAAGGUCCCAGAAAAUCAGGAGGAGGAGGAGGAGUGUGCAGAGCUGAAUCAGUCAGAGGAGCCUGAGGCAGGCGAGAGCGGUACAGGAGGGCCUUGAGGGGCCCACAGACAGACCCCAUCCAUCAAGCUCCCAUUUUUUCCCCAUUGAACUGUUCUGGCCCCAGACCAGCUCUCCCCUGUACAAUCUCUAGGCCACCUCACCAAACUUUCUUCAUAACCAGAGCCCCUCACAGAGUGAUGAGUAAACACCUGACAUAUCUUG